AUGUCUAAUGUCUACUACCUUACCUCGCAAACAGUGCAAUACCAACAUUAUCCGUCCUCCAAACUCAACAUGCCGGGCUAUAACGAGAGCCUAAUGGAGUCGCUCGGACUACUUUAUGACCAUUCGCUGAACUACCACGUUUCCGUGAAAUUGAUCCAGAAGCUCGCGCAGUACUUGAAGUUGGACACCUUCAUCGAUACCGAAGUACAAACAACGAUGGAAUCACAUAUCAAAAACCUCAAGCGCUUGUCAAUUGCGGGUUCGCUUCUACUAGUGGACUUGGACUUUGCUGGUGAUGACGUUCCCACUAAAGUAUCCCUUUCGUCUGGAAAUCAUUCCCCUGGAGAUUCAGACGCUUCUCGCCAGCUAUCAGAGCCAAUUGGAGACGCUGGAAAGUGCAUUGUGCUGGCAGAAGUACAGGGAUUAAGUACGGUUGUGGGUAUUGACUUUCGAAAGGGAGGCGGCGUGUCGUUCUUGAAUGUUCGCCACGAUAACAACAUCUCUGUUGCUGAGUACAUUCUACUUUCAAAUCUCUUGCGCUCCACCUUGGGCAAGUUUCCCGUCAACCUCCAGUAUUUGGCCAAUCUCGACAGCUUAUCGCCGCCAGAUGGUGAUUUAGUGGUGUAUGUUGACAAUAUGGCACUCUUCUUAAGCUCCAUCCAUGCUACUGAGAUCAAAGCUGAUCCUGGCAAUUGGCAAGUUGAAGAGGGGUGGACUAGUCGAGUUGGAAAAGUCGCUCUCAACGAUAUUGAAGAAGGUCGAUUAGGGGUGGUUUUGCUGUUUUGGAAGGAAAACCGGUUUCUUGAUCGGAAACGUUCUCCUGAGAAUCUGGCGACUGGAGUCAUUCAUAAGGCCAUUUUGAGCAUUAAAGAGUCAUCAUUACCGUCAAUCGAUUACGUCAAGGAAGCUUCUAGUGGUGUUUGGCGUCUUCUGAGUCUGCUGGCAGCAUUUAAGAAUUACAAGUUCGUGUUCGAUGGAGAUCUGCACUUGCACAAUGGCCAAAGUGUAACCGGUCUUACAAGCAAGAACUGGGCCCUCGUACUCGAUAUAAGCCGCCCUGUGUUUCUUCCCAAGUCACUUCUUGACUUUUUGGGCCUCACAGACUACAAGGUGGCGAAAGAUGCACCUUACUCGGAUACCUUCUCCAGACUUAGUGAAGAUGGGUUGCUCGAAUAUGAACUUGACGCUCAAGACAUCAAGGUAUCGUUUGUCACUGAGGAAAUAUAUCAAUUAGUUGCCAUCGAGUCUUUCCGCAUCGACAGUUUAAUUCAACUUUCGAAGCUCUUGCCCAUCAUCCGUAAUUGGCUUGUAUUGACUACACUCAUCCGCAACGUGUCCAGAACUUCAGGCGCCGUUUUAUGUGACAGUCGAAUGGAGUACUCUGAAGCCAAUAGAAAAUUGAAGGAUUCUUUGAAACUUCCCCGCGAUGUGACUGAUGAAGAGUUGGUGGGAUUGACCACAAUGUCCGAUGUGGCCGAUUACUUGGGUGCACCAAUGCUAGGAGGAGGAGCAGACUUGAGCAGCUUUGUCAAGCAAGAUUCGCGGGAUGAUCUCAUGAGGGAAGAGUCUGUAAAGAGUGAAAUUGCACCAGCUAUUGCAAGUAAAGGUUUAAAAUUCGUGGUGAAGGACAUCAUGUAUGACUCUCCAGACACAGACAUAUUAGUCACCGUACACGGCAAAACGGACAGUGUCGAGUUCAGUAUAGAACUCGAGGUGGCCAAUGGAGAAAUCCGGGAGCAGAGGACAUUGAAGGAUGUAGAUAUGGACGCCCAGAAUGAGGUGGCCAAGCACUACAGUCAGGCCCUAGCAUUGAGCGAGGACCCUCUACUUGCAUUCGAAGUGUUAACCUAA